UGUAAAACGAUAAACUAUCGGUGUCUUUAGAGUGAGAUUAUCGGGACGAUUGUACGACAAUCUUUACUACUUUGUCGUGUUUUGCAUCUAGGUAUAUAGGGGGCUGGGGGACUAUAUACCUAGAUGCAAAACACGACAAAUAUAUUCAAUCGGAUAUAUUUUGGCCACGUCUCAGCAUGCGACCUAUAUUUUGUGGUGGGUGACAUCAUUUUGCACCAAUCACAGCGUUCAAAAGUAUCAUCGACCGAUUUAUGUGAUACGCGCUAACCGGACUCUGUGGCGCAGUAUGUUUAAGACCACUCCGACAAACCACACGUACCCAACUGUAAAUCAGGUCUUCAACUUGUCUCAGUCCAUUACAUCCAGUUUCUCUCGACACUGGCAAGAUUGAAGGUUCCUUCCAGCCUUGUAAAAGUGACCAUGUGGAAGGAAGUCCUGCUGUGCGUGUGUGGGGUCACAGCCUACGUCAUGGCAGCACCGUCUGUGCCGGCGAGGCAGACGCACCGCGCGAAGCGGGCGGUCCCGCCUGCCGUGGCCUCCUUCGUGGCGGACGCCGCUGAGGAUGUGGGCGGGAAGGUGGUGGACGCCCUCGGGGACAGAAUCGCGGAGGGAGUCGUGGAGAACCAUCAGGAAAAGGUUGUCAGUGCCCUGGAGGACUACUUUUCCGGACAGUUUGACAAAGCGGACGAGGAAUUUGACAAAGUCCUGGCGCGAGGUGGAGACCUCCUGUCCAGCGCCGGUGGCGACAUUGAAGAGGCCCGGGUACAGCUUAUUCACGGCAGAGGCACUAACACCGGAGACACCUUCUCACCGGCGGGUUACGAACUACGCCUUGGCUUCGAACGAGAAGAUGAUGGGGACGAUGACGAAGAUGACAGUUCUGACGGCAUGUCACCAGCGCUUUUUCCUGAUGGAGCUGGGCCCUUGUUGAUGAACGGUUGCUUCGGUUCCAACUAUGCUGAGGGAGACCCGUGUUACGAGGCUUUUGUCCCGAUAGAAGCCUGUGCUAACAUCAUUGACGGAGCACUUUUCCUUGGAACGGGGUUUGACGGCCGAGGUGAAUACUCCACUCAGUCCAGGAAGAAGAGCCUCAUCCAGCGAGCCUGCAAUGGUCUGCAAGGAUACAAAGAGUUCCACGUGCCCGACACCAUGACCGUGCAGGGGAUAUACGACACCGACAUGGAGAGCUACACCUUCAGCUCCAUGGAGGAAUACCGGUCUUACUUGGAAGACAAGUCUGCCGUGACGUCAGCCAAGUCCAUCUUUCAGCAGGAGAUGAACAAGGCCCAGGGACAUUUGGCUGGAGGAGGAGCCUUCGGGUUGAUCUGGUCGGCAGGAGGUGGCACGUCAAGUCAAGUAGGUACUGACUCAGAAGCGUCCAGCUUCGACGCCAGUUCCUUUGCAAGCGCUCAACUUACGGAGACCUCCACUCGCACGUUCAUGGCCAUGGUGGAACUAAACGUCUUCAGGUACGAAAUGUUUCUGGACUUCGUUGGCCCCGAGAAUUUGAAUCUGGCAUUCCUGCGUGACUUCCUGAAUCUUCCGGGAACAUAUUUUGCCAUUGGAGCGGACAGGAAAUUCCAAAAAUUCAUCCAACGUUGGGGAACCCACUACAUCACAUCUGCCAAGUUCGGAGGACAACUUAAAAUUAUAAAGACCCGUGAAGCCAGUGUAACAGAUUCACAGGAGAGCUUUGCAAAGGCAGCCCAGUCUGACUUCCACAAGCUCUUCAGCACCUACUCCGCACAACAGACUCAGACCAAGUCCAGCAGCUUUUGGCACGACUCAGAGUCAACUGAAGAGAACAGCAGGUCCAGCGGCCAAGGGAACAGCGAAACGUCUUCAGAAGAUGCCCUUAGUGAACAAGCAGCACUGUCUCAGACCCAGUACAGCAAUGAGGUGAUGGAGGUUCAGGGAGGAGACCAGAAGAUCGCUGCAGCCAUCACAGAGUUCUACACCACGUCAUUCGGGAAUUCCCUGAGAGACUGGCUGGAAUCUAUUGAAGAGUUUCCCAAAGCUUUCGAGUUCAGGAUGCUUGAGAUCACCGACCUGCUGGACAUGAAUUAUGACUCCUUUUUUCCACAUGGAGUCGUAGACUUCGGCUGCUUCGGAAGGAAAACCUUGUCUGAAGAUGAAAGGGGUCGCAAGUAUUACGUAGAAGACAUGACUGACGGCAACGUAACCACAUCAGAAAUCCGCUACUGCGACUUUGAAGAGAAAGAUGAUCUUAACAGGGCGCUCGACGAGAGAAGACUGGCUCUGAAGCGCGCCAUUGCCGUGUACCUAGAAGAGGGUCCCUUUAUAACCACCGACUUCCAAAUCCUAGCCGGAAAGCCCGGAUGUGAGACUGCUGAGUUGGCUGUUCUUGAAGAGUCUACUGCUGGAGCGCCUAGCUGGCAGGAGAUGAUGACCGGACAAGAGUUCAAAGUCGUUUUCAACAUGCCGUACAAUAUUCCACAUUUCCUGAUAGCUAGAGCCGUUCUUAACUUAAAGUAUAGGUCUAAAUCUCAUAGCUGGCUGACCAUCAGGCCUGGAUCUACUCCAAACGAGUUUGACGCACACAAGAAUGGCGGUAGCGAUGACAUCAGUCAGCAUAAGGUUAGUGUCGGGGGUCUGGUCAUGACGUACGAAGAGAACACGGGUACCUUUACCGUGACGCAAGACGACUUCGAUGCGUCAUCGGCAGUCAUCCAGAACCUGCCUGCCUGGGUCAAUGGCAUGGUGGUGGCCAGGGCAGAGUACAAGUCACUACUGGAACAGCUGAGCCACCAACAAAGUUCCACUGAAGGACAGAUGCCCUGCAACCUGCAAUGGUCUAACGCACUCCGUAUCGACCCAACCGACGGAGGAAAGUGCAUCCACUUCACGGCAGCAUCAAAGGGAGACAUUUUUGUGGUGUUUUAA